CUAACACUAGCAAUGGCUGCUUCUUUGUCCAUGGCCUUGGCCAACUUGUGCUUUCUUUUGCUCCUCCUAAGCAGCUCCAAGGCCGAGCUCUCCACUAACUACUACUCAAAAUCGUGUCCGUCUGUUUUCACCACGGUGAAAUCCAUCGUCCAAUCUGCAAUCUCGAAAGAGCGUCAGAUGGGUGCCUCGCUCCUGCGCCUGCACUUCCAUGAUUGCUUUGUCAAUGGCUGUGAUGGCUCGAUCCUUCUCAAAGACACGUUGAGCUUCACCGGGGAGCAGAACGCAUUCCCAAAUCGAAAAUCAGCCCGGGGAUACAACGUGGUUGAUGAUAUAAAAUCUGCGGUAGAGAAAGAGUGUCCGGGGGUGGUGUCAUGUGCUGACAUUCUGGCAAUCGCGGCAAGGGACUCUGUGGUCAAACUAGGUGGGCCAUCUUGGAAUGUGAAGGUCGGAAGAAAGGAUGCAAGGACAGCCAGCCAGGCAGCUUCUAAUAGAGACAUUCCCGCACCAACUUUUAGCCUUAACAACCUCAGCUCUAGCUUCCGAGCUCAAGGGCUCUCUACUAAGGACAUGGUUGCCUUAUCUGGUUCACAUUCCAUCGGCCAAGCACAGUGCAGCAAGUUCCGGGAUCACAUAUACAAUGAUUCCAACAUCGACAGCUCAUUCGCUAAUUCGCGACAGUUGAGCUGCCCAAGGGCCACCGGCCCAGGUGACAAAAAUCUCGCGCCGCUCGAUCUCCAAACACCAACCGUUUUCAACAACAACUACUACAAGAACCUCAUCAACCAGCGUGGCCUACUCCACUCCGAUCAAGAGCUAUUCAACGGUGGAUCUACCGACUCCCAGGUGAGAUCAUACAGUACCAAUCCGAGCAUAUUCAAUGCCGACUUUGCCGCGGCCAUGAUCAAGAUGGGCAACAUCAGGCCACUCACGGGCUCCAACGGAGAGAUUAGGAAGAACUGUAAGAGGGUGAAUUAA